AAGUCUGCGCCGCUCUGGGGAUGCUGCUGUGCUUAAGUGCUGGACAGAGUACCAAGAGAAAAAGCUCGGAUAUUGUCUCAAGGAUAUUCUGUAUGCGGGAAAUUGAACCCGUUUUCGUUGAGCCACAUCAAGAACACAGACGUAACAUUUGAGGGAUACAUUGUUAGCCCACCAGGUAGCUGUGGUUAGCCAUGGAGGAUGGUAAGCCAGUGUGGGCGCCCCACCCCACCGAUGGGUUCCAGCUGGGCAUGAUUGUGGAUAUCGGAGCUGACACCCUCGCCAUCGAACCACUCAACCAGAAGGGCAAGACCUUUCUGGCUCCUAUGAACCAAGUGUUCCCUGCUGAGGAAGACGUCAACAAACAUAUGGAGGAUAACUGUUCUCUUAUGUACCUGAAUGAAGGCACGCUCUUAAACAACGUCCGAGUGCGGUAUAGUAAAGACAAGAUCUAUACAUACGUGGCCAACAUCUUGAUUGCGGUGAACCCUUACUAUGACAUCCCCAAACUGUACGUUCCAGAGACCAUCAAGUCUUAUCGUGGCCGGUCCCUGGSCACUCUACCACCUCACGUCUACGCAAUCGCGGACAAGGCCUACCGGGACAUGAGAGUCCUGAAGAUGAGCCAGUCUAUCAUAGUGUCUGGAGAAUCUGGGGCCGGGAAGACAGAAAACACAAAGUUUGUCCUCAGAUAUUUAACAACGUCAUACGGCACCGGGCAAGAUAUUGAUGAGAGGAUUGUUGAAGCAAACCCCCUGCUUGAGGCCUUUGGAAACGCCAAGACAGUCCGGAAUAACAACAGCAGUCGUUUUGGGAAAUUUGUGGAAAUCCACUUCAAUGAAAAGAAUAAUGUGGUAGGUGGCUUCGUGUCCCACUACCUGCUGGAAAAGUCAAGGAUCUGCAUGCAGAGUAAAGAGGAGAGGAACUACCACAUCUUCUACAGGCUGUGUGCCGGAGCCUCUGAAGACAUCAGACAGAAGCUGCACCUUGACUCCCCUGACAGCUUCAGGUAUUUGAAUCGAGGAUGCACAMGAUACUUUGCCAGCAAGGACACAGACAAACAGAUCAUGCAGAAUCGCAAGAGUCCUGAGCAUGUGAAGCUCGGCGCCCUGAAGGACCUUCUGCUGGACGACCAGGGAGACUUCAACAGGAUGUGCGGGGCCAUGAAGAAGAUUGGCCUGGACGACACGGAGAAGCUGGACCUGUUCAGGGUGGUGGCCGGGGUGCUGCACCUGGGCAACGUCGACUUUGAGGAGACUGGGAGCACAUCGGGCGGCUGCAUCCUGAUGAACCAGUCCAGUCCGACACUAGCCCACUGUGCUGACCUGCUGGGUUUGGACCAGGAAGACCUGAGAGUCAGCCUCACCACCAGGGUCAUGCUCACAACAGCAGGGGGCGCAAAAGGAACAGUUAUCAAGGUGCCUCUGAAGGUGGAACAGGCAAACAAUGCCCGGGACGCCCUGGCCAAGGCCGUGUACAGCUGUCUCUUCGAUCACGUGGUCAGGAGGGUCAACCAGUGCUUCCCCUUCAACACCUCCUCCAACUUCAUUGGGGUGCUGGAUAUCGCUGGUUUUGAGUAUUUUGAGCACAACAGCUUUGAGCAGUUCUGCAUCAACUACUGUAACGAGAAGCUGCAGCAGUUCUUCAACGAGCGCAUACUUAAAGAGGAGCAAGAGCUGUAUCAGAAGGAGGGACUGGGAGUCAGUGAAGUUCAUUAUGUCGACAACCAGGACUGUAUAGACCUGGUGGAAGCCAAGCUGGUGGGCAUCCUGGACAUUCUGGAUGAAGAGAACCGCCUACCACUGCCCAGCGACCAGCACUUUGCAGAGGCCAUCCACAGCAAGCACAAAGACCACUUCAGACUGACGGUUCCUAGGAAGUCCAAGCUGGCUGUCCACAGGAACGUCAGAGAUGAUGAAGGAUUCAUCGUCAGACACUUUGCCGGAGCCGUGUGCUACGAGACGACCCAGUUUGUAGAGAAGAAUAAUGAUGCUCUCCAUAUGUCCUUGGAGAGCCUGGUGUGUGAGUCCAAGGAUAAGUUUGUGAGGGAGCUUUUUGAGAACUCCAACAACAGCAAGGACUCCAAACAAAAGGCUGGCAAACUCAGCUUUAUCAGUGUGGGCAACAAAUUCAAGACCCAGUUGAACGUACUACUGGAGAAGCUUCGCAGCACUGGUUCCAGCUUCAUUCGCUGUGUGAAACCCAACUUGAAGAUGGUGAGCCACCAGUUUGAAGGAGCCCAGAUUCUGUCUCAGCUGCAGUGUUCAGGCAUGGUGUCAGUGCUGGACUUGAUGCAGGGAGGCUUCCCCUCCCGAGCCCCCUUCCAUGAGCUCUACAACAUGUACAAACAGUACAUGCCUGACAAGCUCACACGACUGGACCCCAGGCUCUUCUGCAAGGCUUUGUUCAAAGCACUGGGGCUGAAUGAGAAUGACUACAAGUUUGGUUUGACCAGAGUGUUCUUCCGCCCUGGGAAGUUUGCGGAGUUUGACCAGAUCAUGAAGUCGGACCCGGACCACCUGGCAGAGCUGGUGAAGAAGGUCAACCAGUGGCUGGUCAUCAGCCGUUGGAAGAAGGUCCAGUGGUGCUCCCUUUCUGUCAUCAAAUUGAAGGAGAAGAUGAAGUAUCGUGCCUCUGCCCUUGUUAAGAUUCAGAAGACCGUCCGCAUGUGGCUCUGUAAGAAGAAACAUAAGCCACGCGUCGAUGGCAUGGUGAAGGUGCGUAACCUGAAGAUGCGUAUGGAACGCUUCAACGAGGUGGUGGGCGCUCUGAAGGAGGGCAAGCAGGAGAUGGCCCAGCAGGUCCAGGAGCUGGGGGCCUCCAUCGACACCUUCAUGGCCAAUAUCAAGGCCACAGUGAUGACCAGGAAGGAGAUUGACCAGGAGUACCAGGGGCUGGUGAAGAGCUUGGAGCAGCUGCUCUCCUCCAUGCAGAAGAAGAAGCAGGAGGAAGACGAGAUGGAGAGGCUGCGGCGCAUCGAAGAGGAGAUGGAAAGAGAGAGGAAGAGGAGGGAGGAGGACGACCAGCAACAGCAGCAGGAGGAGAACGACAGAAAGAAGAAAUCAGAGAUGGAGCAUAAGAGGAAGCAGGAGGAGGAGGAGAGGAAGAGGAGGGAGGAAGAAAAGAAGAUUAUGCAGGCGGAGAUGGACAUCCAGAUAGCGCUGGAGCGGGAGGAGGACGUCCAGCGAUCUGCCUUGUUGGAGCAGGAGAGGAGAGACAGAGAGCUGGCCUUGAGGAUCGCCCAGAGCGAAGCCGAACUCAUCAACGACGAGGUCCAGAUGGACCCCAGUCUGCGCAGCAAUGGGUCUUUCUCAGGUCUCUAUCCAAACACAGUGAGAGCCAUGGGUUCACAGGUGCAGGCACUCAAAGCCGGUGGCGUGAAGAAGUACGACCUGAGCAAGUGGAAGUACGCCGAGCUGCGGGACGUCAUCAACACCUCGUGCGAUAUUGAGCUGCUGGCGGCAUGCAGGGAGGAGUUCCAUCGCCGUCUCAAGGUCUACCACGCCUGGAAAUCCAAGAACAAGAAGCGUGACACAGCUGCUGAGCAGAGGGCCCCCAAAUCUAUCACUGACUACGCCCAACAGAACCCGGCCCCGGCCGUGGCCACCCAGCAGCAGGAGAUGGCCAUGAACCGCCAGCAACGAUACUUCCGCAUUCCCUUCAUCCGGCCCGCUGACCAGUACAAGGACCCCCAGAACAAGAAGAAGGGCUGGUGGUACGCCCACUUUGAUGGGCCCUGGAUCGCCAGGCAGUUGGAACUGCACCCAGACAAGCAGCCCAUCCUGCUGGUGGCAGGGAAAGACGACAUGGAGAUGUGUGAGCUAAGCCUGGAAGAGACCGGGCUGACCCGGAAGAGAGGGGCUGAGAUCCUGCCUCGGCAGUUUGAGGAGAUCUGGGAACGCUGCGACGGGAUCACAUACCUGCGAAAUGCCAUUGAAAGCAAGCAGGCCAGGCCCACGUAUGCCACAGCCAUGCUACAGAACCUCCUCCAGUGAGCCAGAGGGACCACCCAUGUCCAUAGGCUCAGUAGGAAUGCAAUAAAUAAAGGGAAAAGGGCAGAAGCACCCUCUAUCAUAGCAGCCUUUCAGGCUAAUGCAGGGUUUCCCAAACCAAGGGGUACAUGUUUUAGUUUUUGCCCUAGCACUACA